UCGACCUCUGAGCAAAUCUCAGAAGAAAGAGAAAAUACUUUUCUUUUUAAUUAAACAGCAAAGCCUUCACUCAGCAGUGAUGGCGGUCCAAAAGUUCAGGAUUUUUUCUUUGCUCGUUUUUGUAACUGUUGGUUUUCUGGUGUUUAUUCUGUCACAGGAACAUUUAUCAAAAAGGAGGACAACUUUCUCAGGAAAAAAUGGACACAAAUGGGAACAUUUUUCUCUUGACAGUGUCAUUACAUUUUUGGGAAAAAUCAAAAAGACAUCUGCACCACCUUUUGUGUGUACCACAGCUGGCAUAGCAAAAGUUAUUUCAACAAAAAUGAACCCAGUGACAAAAUCUAAAACCCCUACUCGCGGAGCCAUGGCUGAGACUCCUAUGCCUAUCCUCUACAAAAUAAAUUUCACAAAGCUUCCUCAGUGGGAUUUUGAUGAUGUUUAUAACCAGGAUGCACCACCUAGACCGACAGCAUGUGCCCAGUCUCUGCGAAACUCUGACGAUGAAAACUUUAAGAAGGCUUUUCUUCCAAACAUACGUUUGUUUCUACACAAGGACAACAUCAACAUGAGCGAGUGGAAUCGGCUCUCACAUUUUAACAAUCCUUUCGGUUUUAUGGAGUUCAAGUACGACGAUGUGAUGAAGUCAGUGAAGUUGAUUCCAAAGCCAAAAGAGCCGUUGCUCCUCCCAAAACCCGGUGGUGACGGUUGUGUGCGCUGUGCUGUGGUAGGUACUGGAGGAAUCCUGAACGGCUCAAAGAAGGGGGUGGAGAUCGAUGGCCAUGAUUACGUUUUUCGGAUGAAUGGUGCCAUCACCAAGGGCUUUGAAGAAGAUGUAGGAAACAAAACAUCGGUGUAUGUCCACACAGCCCACUCCAUCACUUCAUCUCGUUACAUCCUUAAAAAACACGGAUACAAAGCUGCUCCUCAUGAUGAGGGUAUAAAAUAUGUGAUGAUUCCUGAGGGGAUGAGGGAUUACCAAUGGCUUGAGGGCCUUCUCAAAGGAGAAAAGGUCUCUGCUGGUCCAUACCGCAACAGACUGCCAAGGACCUACUAUUCAGGGCAGUACAACGAGAGCCGCUUCUACGUUCUGCAUCAGGAUUUCCUCCGAUAUGUGCGGAACAGGUUCUUGAAGUCACCCAAUCUGAAUAAGAGAUACUGGGCGAGGGUCAGACCAACCAACGGAGCAUUCACUCUCUUCCUGGCUCUGCACACCUGUGACACAGUGGAUGCAUACGGAUUCAUGAGUGAAGAAUUUAAGAAAUACUCCAACUACUAUUAUGACAAGUAUGUUAAAACCAGGGUCAUUUUCUAUUCCAACCACGACUACAUUCAAGAGAAGAACACAUGGAAAAACCUUCACAACAGCAAAAUAUUAAAUCUGUACCAGGGAGUGUAAGUAAACCCAGGACUGUAAGAUCUGCAGCAAUGCUGCAACGGCAAGAAUAAAAGCAAUGGGAUAAGGAAGAGACUGUUAUUUACCGAUUAUUACAAGUCAAACAGAUAAGGUUCAGAUAAGAGCAUUGUUUAACAGCACCAUAAACAUCUUCUCCACAAUCAAGUUGAUUCUGUUCUCUUCCAGUUAAGAUCCGGUAUUAUAACCACACAUUUGAGUAAGUCAGUGCGAUCUAGGAUGAAAUUUACACUUUUUCUGUUUCUAGCCCCGUAUUCAAAUUUCAUUUCUUACAAAUCAAUAUUCAGAAUUUAUUCAGAAUGAUCCAUACAUGUUUAACUAUAUAUAAGUAUAUACUCAUAUACAGCACAUAAACAUACACAUAAAACAAUUUCAACACAUAAACCAAAACAACAACAAACUACAUUUUUACAUAAACUAAGCAACCUGUGGUUAACAGCCACUUAAUCUCUUACCUAAUUUUUAUUUCUAAGUGACAAAAUACCUUAAUGAACACUUUAAGCUUGGGUUACUCUGGCCUCGAUCUAUAAAAAUAAGGACAAGGCUUCAAUAGAACAUAAUGAGACAACUCAAUAGGUAUGACAGGAUUAAAUAAUGCUAUCUGCACACAUAGUAAUGGAUUCUGGGUGCACAUGCAAGGCCUACCAGUUCUUACAAAUAACAAUCCAACAGUCAACACCACUCCUUUAAAAUGCAGAUUACACGUGUUAUUAGGCAUGUAAUGUAGUAAUAAUGUAUUAUUUAGUUUUAAUGCUUUGGUGAUUGUCAAUUCGUUUCUGUAAAAGAAUGUAUAUGUAAAGUAUUAAAAGUAGCCAGGAUGUGGCUGCUGGUAUUAAACUUAAAUGAAGUGA